GAGAAGGAGGAAGGGAGCCUCAAAGGCCAAGGCCAGGCAGGACACCCCCUGGGAUCACACUGAGCUCGCCACAUCCCCAAAGCAGCUGAACCCUCUGCACCAACCAGCCCAGGUCAAACCUCAGAGGCCCCAUGGAGUUCCCUGGCCUAGGGGCCCUGGGGACCUCUGAGCCCCUACCCCAGUUUGUGGACCCUGCCCUGGUGUCCUCACUACCAGAGUCAGGGGUCUUCUUCCCCUCUGGGCCUGAAGGCUUGGAUGCAGCAGCUUCUUCCACUGCCCCAAACACUGCCUCGGCUGCAGCUGCUGCACUGGCCUACUACAGGGAUGCGGAGGCCUACAGACACUCCCCAGUCUUUCAGGUGUACCCAUUGCUCAACUGUAUGGAGGGAAUCCCAGGGGGCUCACCAUACACCAGCUGGGCCUAUGGCAAGACUGGGCUCUACCCUCCCUCCACUGUGUGCCCCACCCGCGAGGACUCCCCACCCCAGGCCUCAGAAGAUCCGGAUGGAAAAGGCAGUUUCCUAGAAACGUUAAAGACAGAGCGACUGAGUCCAGACCUGUUGACACUGGGACCUGCAGUGCCUUCAUCCAUCCCUGUCCCCAGCAGUGCCUAUGGGGGCCCUGACUUUCCCAGUAACUUCUUUUCUCCCACCGGAAGCCCCCUCAAUCCAGCAGCCUAUUCCUCCCCCAAGCUUCGUGGAACACUGCCCCUGGCCACCUGUGAGGCCAGGGAGUGUGUGAACUGCGGAGCGACAGCCACUCCACUGUGGCGGCGAGACAGGACAGGCCACUACCUGUGCAAUGCCUGUGGCCUCUAUCACAAGAUGAAUGGGCAAAACAGGCCCCUCAUCCGGCCCAAAAAGCGCCUGAUCGUCAGCAAGCGGGCAGGUACCCAGUGCACCAACUGCCAGACAACUACCACGACACUGUGGCGGAGGAAUGCCAGUGGGGACCCCGUGUGCAAUGCCUGCGGCCUCUAUUACAAAUUACACCAGGUGAACCGACCACUGACCAUGCGGAAGGAUGGUAUCCAGACUAGAAACCGCAAGGCAUCACAGAAAGAAAAGAAGCCAGUGUCAAGUCUGGGAGGCACAGGAGUGCAA